AUGCUGCUGCUGCUGCAGCAGCAGCAGCAGCAAGAAGCAGCAGACUCCGCUCCGUCGCCUUCUCCAGGCAAGUUGUCUCCUUUCUAUACCCUCUCUUUAAUGGGGGCCCCUAGAGCAGCAAGCAUCAGGGGGCCCCAGCUGCAUGCAACAGCAGCUGCAGCAGCAGCUACAGCAGCAGCAGCAAAAUAUAUCCCUGCUUCUGCACCUUCUGCCUUUUGCUGCUGCAGGUUGGCUGUCUGCUGCCUUGAUGCCGCAGGAGACUGUACUGCUGCUGCAGCAAAAGCCUCCUUGCGCCCUGCAGCAGCAGCAGCAGCAGCAGCAGUACCAGCAGGAACAGCAGCAGCAGCAGCAGCAGCAAGAAACAAAGGCGCUAGCAGCCUCAUUCGUCGCCGCUGUUGUCGUGGAGCUGCUGUCCCCCGGCCUUGGGCCCCCUCUGCAGCACCACUUGCUGCAGCAAGAGCAGCAGCAGCAGCAGCUACUUCUGCUGCUGCUGCUGCUGCUGCGAAGCAGGCGUCAGAAAAGGUCCGCAGCAAAUUGCUGCUUCAAGAGGCCCUCGGCUAUGCUGCUAAAGCCUUGCGCCUCAACCCGAAUAGCAUUUUGGGGCUGCAUGCAGCAGCACAAGCUGCGUUGCUGCUGCAGCUGCCGCACUUAGCGGGGCGUCUGGCGGUGCUGCAGCUGCUUCAUCUUCGCCAGCCACGCAUAUUCACUUUGCUGCGGAAAGCAAAGCAACUGCAGCAGCAGCAGCAACGACAUCAGCAGCAACAGCAGCAACAGCAGCAGCAGCAGCACCACCAACAACAGCAGCAGCAGCAGCAGGUGAGCAUUGGAGAUGCUGAUGCUGCUGCAGCACUGCAGCAACUCCGCUGGAAGUGGCGUCGACGCCUGCCCACCUAUUUGCUGCAGCAGCUGCAGCAGCAGCAACAGAAGCAACAGCAGCAGCACCAGCAGCAACAGCAGCAGCACCAGCAGCAACAGCAGCAGCUGCAAGGAUCAGGCACCCCCUCUGCAGCAGCAAAUUCGUGGAGAGAUAAGGCCCUGCUGCGCCGCGCUGUGGUUGCUGCAAUCCUCGCUGCUGCGGCACGCGAAACAGCAGCAGCAGCAGCAGCAGCAGCAACGGCGAAGGAAGCAGCAGAAACAACAGCAGCAACAGAAGCAGCAGCUGGCGAAGAGACAUUUGUGCAGCAGGACACACCUCGGCGAGUGCUGCGCUGCUUGGCGCUGCAGCAGCUGCUGCGCGCUGCUGCGCUGCAGCAGCAUCUUCUAGUAGCUGUUUCUGCAGGUCUUAGACUGGAGGCUUCCCUCCUGCUGCUUUCCAGCAACAGCAGCAGCAGCAGCAGCAGCAGCAGCAGCAGCAGCAGCAGGGGGAGGCUGCUGUCUCCUUGGUUUAGAGACACCGCAUUAGCUGAAGCCCAACUCCUCUCUUGGAGCUCUCUCUGCUGCAGCAUAACAAAAGAGACACAACAAGAGUCGCGGCUGCUGCAGGUAAGGCCCUCUCUUGCUGCUGCUGCUGCUGCUGAUGCUGCUGCUGUUGCUGCUGCUGUUGCUGCUGAUGAGGCAAUCGUUGGGAAUCCGAACUGUAGCUGUCAUUCUGUUGCUGCUGCUCCUUUUCUGCUGCAGCUUCUUGAUGCAGCAAAGCAGCAUUCCUGUGGGGUACUCAAGCAGACAGACACGAACAUUAGCAGCAGCAACAGCAGCAGCUACAGCAGCAGCAGCAGCAGCAACAGCAACAGCAACAACGGCAUCUGCAACAGUAGCAGCAACAGCAGCAGCAGCAAGGCUCUGCAGCGGUACUUUGCAGAAGCAUUGAGGACAGCUGAGGGCCGUCUUGCUGCUGCUGCUGCAGCUGCUGCUGCUGCGCCAUGUGGCGUCGCUUCCUUUGCUGCAACAGCAAACGCUUGGAGGGCUCGCUGCUUGCUGGAGCUGGGGGACUAUUCUAACGCAUUAAAGGCCUCCACUGCUGCUGCGCAACAAGACUUGUUUGCUGCUGCUGCAGCUGCUACUGACUCUGCAGGUGCUGCUGCUAGAGGUGCAGCAAAGGCAGCAUCUUUGGCCUUCCUAUUAGGAGCACGCAGCAGCAGAAGCAGCAGCAGAAGCAGCAGCAGAAGCAGCAGCAGACGCAGCUCCGGAAGCAGCAGCAGAAGCAGCAGCAGAAGCAGCAGCAUGCCGCAGCAGAAGGAGACAGCGCAGACCGAGAGAGACAGAGCGAGACAGAUAAAGAAGCACAGAGAGACAGAUAAAGAGACAGAUAAAGACAGACAGAGACAGAUAGAGACAGAUAGAGACAGACAGAGACAGAUAGAGACAGGGAGAGACAGAUAG